CUUGAUGAUUAAAACAAUCUCUGGGAUGACAGAGUAUCUGUUUCUGGUGAUGCCUCUUUUUGUUGAUGUGCCUGGGUUCAGUGUGCAUGACAUGUUACCUGUGAGUGAAGAAUUCAAUAGUGCUUCUUUCUCUAACCUAGAGGUAAUGAACUGUGACAAUUAACUCAAACACCUGCAAGCAGUAAAGUCAUAUAAUGUUGUGCACUUUGACUUCAUCUGGGAUAAAGAUGGAGUAAUGUUUGGUCACAGCUCAGGGCAGAAUUGUUGUAAAACUGUUAUCAUUGGAUGAAAGAGUUAGAUAACUCUUGCUGUCAGCAGGUACUAAUAUAAUCUUUCAGUUGGGGUUUUUUGUUGUUGGUGGUGGUGUUUUUGUUUCUUUUUUUUUUUUUUAAUGUAGAAUGUAAGCACUGAACUUCCUGUUUGUCACAACCAUGACCUGCAGCCUGGUGGUCUGAGAACUUGGCCAUCCUGCAAACCUUUAAUCUUACUUGUAGCAGCUAACACCUUCCUUUUCUCUCUCCUGCAGACUUGAUCCAAGCAACUAAUGAAACAAACGUGAAUAUCCCUCAGAUGGCUGAUACACUUUUUGAGAGAGCAACAAAUAGUAGCUGGGUGGUUGUAUUCAAAGCCUUAGUCACCACACAUCAUCUAAUGGUCCAUGGCAAUGAGAGAUUUAUUCAGUACCUGGCAUCUAGAAACACAUUGUUCAAUCUCAGCAAUUUUCUGGACAAAAGUGGAUCUCAUGGUUAUGACAUGUCCACCUUCAUAAGGCGUUAUAGUAGAUACUUGAAUGAAAAAGCAUUUUCCUACAGACAAAUGGCAUUUGACUUUGCAAGAGUGAAGAAAGGAGCUGAAGGUGUGAUGAGAACCAUGGCUCCUGAAAAGCUGCUGAAGAGUAUGCCAAUAUUACAAGAACAAAUCGAUGCACUACUUGAAUUUGAUGUUCACCCAAAUGAACUGACAAAUGGUGUCAUAAAUGCUGCAUUCAUGCUUCUGUUUAAAGAUCUCAUAAAACUUUUUGCUUGCUACAAUGAUGGGGUUAUUAACUUACUAGAGAAAUUUUUUGAAAUGAAAAAGGGACAAUGUAAAGAUGCUCUUGAAAUCUACAAACGAUUUCUAACUCGAAUGACCAGAGUAUCAGAGUUUCUUAAAGUUGCAGAGCAAGUUGGAAUUGACAAAGGUGAUAUCCCUGAUCUUACACAGGCUCCCAGCAGUCUCAUGGAGACCCUUGAGCAACAUCUAAACUCACUGGAAGGAAAAAAGCCUGGCAACAAAUCUGGUGCUCCUUCCCCUCUGAGCAAGUCUUCUCCAGCCACAACUGUUACAUCUCCUAGUUCUACUCCGGCAAAAACUAUUGAUACAUCUCCUCCAGUCGAUCUUUUUGCAACUUCAUCUACAGCUGCUCCAGUCAGCUCUUCCAAACCAUCCAGUGAUCUUUUGGAUCUUCAGCCAGAUUUUGCUGGUACUGGGCAGGCAGCUCCAGCACCUGCUCCUGCGGGCGCUGCUGCUGCUGCUGGAGGCACUUCAUGGGGAGACCUCUUGGGAGAGGAUAACCUGGCUGCACUUUCCGGUGUUACCUCUGAGCCACAGAUUUCAGAUCCAUUUGCUCCAGAGCCAACUACAGCUACUGCUCCAACUACUGAUACUACAACUACUACGGCUGCUGCUGCUACAGCCACUACUGUCACUGCUGCCACUGCUGAAGUGGAUCUCUUUGGAGAUGCCUUUGCAGCUUCUCCUGGGGAAGCCCCUGCAGCAGCUGAAGGGGCAGCAGCACCAGCUACCCCAACCCCUGUAGCAGCAGCUCUUGAUGCAUGUUCAGGAAAUGACCCCUUUGCCCCAUCCGAAGGUAGUGCAGAGGCUGCUCCUGAGCUGGACCUCUUUGCUAUGAAGCCAACAGAGACUGCUGCUCCUGUAGUUACCCCUACAACUAGUGCAGCCACUCCAGUUCCUGCAACAACUCCUUCUCCAGCUGCUGCUGUUGCUGCUGCUGCUACUGCUACUACAGCUACUGCCACUACCACUACUACUGCCACCACUUCUGCUACCGCCACCACCUCCGCUCCUCCUGCUCUAGAUAUAUUUGGUGAUUUGUUUGAGUCUGCUCCUGAUACACCUGCAGCACCUAAACCAGACGCUACUCCUAGCAUAGAUCUCUUUGGUACAGAUACAUUUUCAUCUCCACAACCUGGAGCUUCUCCUGUGCCUGAGAGUUCUCUCACUGGUGAUCUUUUAUCUGUGGAUGCAUUUGCAGCCCCCUCUCCUCUACCCACUGCCUCUCCAGCAAAGGUGGAUUCUUCAGGUGUGAUUGACCUAUUUGGUGAUGCUUUUGGAAGUAGUGCUUCUGAACCCCAGCCCACAACCCAGGCUGCUUCUAGUUCCUCAGCUUCUGCAGACCUACUUGCUGGCUUUGGAGGUUCUUUUAUUGCUCCCUCUCCAUCACCAUCCCCAGUCACUCCAGCUCAAACUGGAUUACUACAGCCGAACUUUGAUGCAGCUUUUGGGACACCAGCUCCAACAACUGGCAGUUCGUUUGAUGCAUCAGUGUUUGAUGGCUUAGGUGAUCUUCUUAUGCCAACUAUGGUUCCUUCUGGUCAACCUGUAGCACCUACAGCCACAGCAACAGUCCCUGCUGCAGCAGCAAGCAAAGGCCUUGGAAGUGAUCUUGAUUCGUCUCUUGCAAACUUAGUAGGCAAUCUGGGAAUUUCUGGUACUGCUUCUAAAAAGGGAGACCUUCAGUGGAAUGCUGGAGAGAGAAAAUUAACAGGAGGAGCAAACUGGCAGCCAAAAGUAGCACCUGCAACCUGGUCAACUGGUGGUGUCCCAGGAGGUCCAUUGGCAGGAGCUGUGCCUCCAGCAAGUGCUGUUCCUGCCACAGGAGGUACUCCACCUGUCCCACAGCCAGGAGCAGCAUUUGGGAUGCCCCCAGCAGGUGCAGGGGUGCCCAUGAUGCCCCAGCAGCCGGUGAUGUACGGGCAGCCCAUGAUGAGACCUCCGUUUGGAGCCACCGCUGGCCCUGGUGUACAGCUUUCUCCAAGCCCAACUCCUGCUACUCAGAGCCCCAAGAAACCUCCAACAAAGGACCCAUUAGCGGAUCUUAACAUCAAGGAUUUCUUGUAA